AUGAUUUUAUGGAAAUACAGAAGGCUCUUACGCAAGUGCCUGACAUACUUCCCGGCUGUGGCAUCUGGGACAGCCAGGUCCCCAGGGGCUGCAGAAGGCCCCCCCCCCCACACCCCCUGCUGCCUCCAGUCCCUGGAGCUUGGGACACUGGCAUGGAGCCACCCUCCCGCUGCCCGUGGCACUGUCCCUAGCGGGCCCUGGGGAGGAUCGUUUGCUGGAGAGGAGGCCCUGCGCAGGCUGGGGAAGGGCUGUGGCCGAGAGCGUAUGGAAAGGAGGGAGGAUGAAAUCUGGUCGCAGCUAGAUGGGGUGUUAGCGAUGCUGUUUUGGCACAACCAGCCGGAGCACUUAUGGCCCAGUCCUGGGGAUCUAUACCCUGGGCCCCCCAGCAGCCUGCUCAGUAAGGGCUGGAUCCCCCAGGUCCCCAGGAAGGUGCAGCAGGAGGAGCUGUCCAACAUCCCUGGAGCGGAGCUGUCCUGCCCCGUGUUCCAGUACAUGCUCUGUGCAGCCACCUCACCAGCCGUGAAGCUGCAGGAGAAGACCCUCACCUACCUGAACCAGGGUCAGUCCUAUGAGGUCCAGAUGCUCUGCAACUCCAAGCUGUGUGAUGCCACCCAGUGCCCCCAGCUGCUGAAGAGUGUGGUGCAGGUGGCGUUCGACGACCCGCACCUGCAGUACACGGAGCAGCAGCAGCUGAUCGACACCUUCAGGCACAGUGACAAGGGGCUGCCGCUGGACCACCUGCACUCGGCUGGCUGCCUCAUCAAGGUGUUUAAGCCCAAAGGAGUGGACCGGAAACUGAAAAUGGACUGCAAGAAGAUGGAAAAACAGUCCCUGCAUGAGAGGGACAAGUAUCAGACCACCUGCGAGAGCACUGUCUUCUUGGAGUGUUCCCCAUGGCCGGAGUUCCCUGCAAGGCUCUGGCCACCUCUCAGCUUUCUGGCUCUGACCUCCUCCGAUUCCUGCAGCCUCCUGUCCCCAGAAAGGCUCUGUUCCUCACCGCCAUUUGCUCUGGACACCUUGGGGUGUAGCCCAGUUGAGGAUCUGAACCAUAGAGCCUCCAUCUCAGAGACACAGCAGUGGUUGCAUCAGCACCAGUUCUCCAGCUACUGCUGGAUGCUGGCCAGCUUCACUGGCCCGGAUCUGCUGAAGCUUACACACCAGGAGGACCUUAUCCAAAUCUGCAGGGCUGCAGAUGGGAUCCGCCUUUUCAAUACUCUUAGAGCCAGAUGCUGGGCACUGCCAACCAGGGUCCCCUUCCCACUGUAGUGGCCCUUACUAACUUAGCUAGCAGGUAGGAACCUAGUCCUCUUUUUCCAUACAGAAAAUCUUUUUUUUUUUUUUUUUUUUUGAGAUGGCGUUUCGGUCUUUUGCCCAUGCUAGAGUGAAGUGGUGAGGUGGUGCGAUCUUGGCCACUGCACCCAGCUCAGAAAACCACUUUUAUAUUAAACAGUAAAUGCUUUCUUAAAAGAU